GCAAAAGAUAAGCAGCUGAAAGAAAAAGAAGGGCGGGCGAUAGAGAGAAGAGAACAAAUCCAAUUUCUCUUCUCCUUCUUUCUCUUUCUCUCUCUUCCUCACUAUCUUUCGCUCUAACAGGUGGUGGUGGAUAUCGCUGGCUCGCAUUACACGGUCCUAGAAGAACAAAACCGCUCAGGUCGGUGAAAAUUGGAUCCUCUUUUAGACUUCGUAGACCCUGUGUGAUUUUAUCCCUACCGGUAGAUAUAUUGAAGAAUCUCUUUUGUUCUCACCCUCCCUCGUUGUUGCUUUUCUUGAUUUGAACCCAUAUCCCAUCCUCCACUUCCCUGCAACCUGUUCCGAUUUUCCUCCCUCCGUUGGCUCUGAAUCCCAGACACCAGAAUCGUGAGAUGCACUUAGCUGAAUCCAAUUCAUUCUGCACUCCCAGCUGCUCUCCUUUGAAAUCUCGCCCCAAGAUUCAAUCCUGCGGAUCGGAUUCCCCUGCCGGCGAAUGGGGUCUUUCCAUCUGUUCAGCUCCUUCGAGGGCCUCCCGUUGCCGGAGAAGGUGUCGGUCGCCGUGCACUCGGCGCUGCUCCUCUUCUUCCUGUUCUUUGUCUGGGCCCGGCGGGUGCUCUCCGGCGGCCUCCGCCGUGUCUCGGCGUUCAAGGAGGAGCAGAUGGAUCCUAUUCCAGCCCACGCUAACUCGGGAGGUGGUCGAGUGGUGGUGGUCAGUAACUGGUUCAAGAUUUCAACCAUCUGUUGCUUCUAUGUUUCCUUGCUGCAGUUAGCGGUUCUUGGAUAUGAAACAGUGAACUUGGUGCGGAAAGGGUUCGAUUCGGGGGAUUAUUCCGUUCUUUGUUUGCCAUCCGUGCAAGCACUGGCUUGGCUGGUAUUAGGUUUGUCCGCGGUCCACUGUAAGUUUAAGGAGUCGGAGAAAUUUCCAGCCUUGGUUAGAUUGUGGUGGUUUCUCUCAUUCUCCCUCUGUGUCUACAUUGGUUAUGUGGAUGCUAAAGGUUUACUUGAUGAUUUAGUUAGCCUCAAUUCGCGUGUGAUAGCAAAUUAUGCUUCGGCCCCUGCGCUCGCAUUCCUUUGUCUUGUUGCAUUUCGCGGAGCAACGGGUGUGGAGGUGUAUGGGGACCUUCGGGAGCCAUUGCUUGGAGAAGAAGGAGAAGAAGCUGGUUGCCUUAAGGUUACCCCUUAUAGUGAAGCAGGCCUGCUAAGCCUUGGGACGCUAUCCUGGUUGAACCCCCUCUUGUCUGUUGGUGCAAAGAGGCCUCUUGAGCUGAGGGAUGUACCCUUGUUAGCCCCCAAGGACCGCGCCAAGACUUCCUACAAGAUCUUGAAUUUAAAUUGGGAGAGGUUGAAAGCUGAGAACCCUACCAGACAGCCCUCACUGGCAUUGGCCAUUUUUCAGUCAUUCUGGAAAGAAGCAGCUAUGAAUGGUGUUUUUGCUUUCUUGAAUACGGUAGUCUCCUAUGUUGGUCCUUAUUUGAUUAGCUAUUUUGUUGAUUACUUGAGUGGAAAUAUAGCUUUCCCGCAUGAAGGUUACAUUCUGGCAUCAAUUUUUUUUGUUGCUAAGUUGGUAGAGACUCUUACUAUUCGGCAAUGGUAUUUAGGAGUAGAUAUUUUGGGCAUGCAUGUUAGAUCAGGAUUAACAGCUAUGGUGUAUCAGAAGGGGCUGAGGCUAUCAAAUACAGCCCGACAAAGUCAUACGAGUGGUGAGAUUGUAAACUAUAUGGCGGUCGAUGUGCAAAGAGUGGGUGAUUACUCAUGGUAUCUUCACGAUAUAUGGAUGCUUCCCUUACAAAUUGUACUUGCUUUGGUAAUUUUGUAUAAGAAUGUUGGAGUUGCAUCGUUUGCAACACUGGUUGCUACCAUUAUCUCCAUUAUUGUUACUAUUCCUUUGGCAAAGAUGCAAGAAGACUACCAGGAUAAGCUAAUGGCAGCCAAAGAUGAACGAAUGAGGAAGACUUCUGAAUGUCUUAGAAACAUGAGGAUACUGAAGCUGCAGGCUUGGGAGGACAGAUACCGAUCAAAACUAGAAGAGAUGAGGAAUGUGGAAUUCAGGUGGCUCCAGAAAGCCCUUUACUCACAGGCCUUUGUCACCUUUAUCUUCUGGGGUUCUCCUAUUUUUGUGUCAAUUGUAACUUUUGGUACUUCUAUAUUGUUGGGUGAUCAGUUAACAGCUGGUGGUGUCCUUUCAGCUUUGGCCACUUUUCGAAUUCUCCAGGAACCUUUGAGGAAUUUUCCAGAUUUAGUCUCUAUGAUUGCUCAGACAAAAGUGUCCUUGGAUCGAAUAUUGGGAUUUCUGCAGGAGGAAGAGUUGCAAGGAGAUGCCACUAUAGCUAUUCCUCGAGGCAUCACAAACACAGCUAUAGAAAUCAAAGAUGGGGAGUUCUGUUGGGACCCUUCUUCUCCAAAGCAUACACUUUCAGCAAUACAGGUAAAAGUGGAUAGAGGGAUGCGUGUGGCAGUCUGUGGUGCUGUUGGUGCUGGAAAGUCAAGCUUUCUCUCUUGCAUACUUGGGGAGAUACCAAAAAUUUCUGGAGAAGUUAAAGUAUGUGGUUCUGCAGCUUAUGUCUCUCAGUCAGCUUGGAUACAGUCUGGAAACAUAGAGGAGAAUAUUCUUUUUGGAAGUCCGGUGGAUAAGCAAAGGUACAAGACUGUUCUCCAUGCUUGCUCACUCAAAAAAGAUUUGGAACUGUUCUCGCAUGGAGAUCAAACAAUCAUUGGAGAUAGAGGUAUUAAUCUAAGUGGUGGCCAGAAGCAAAGGGUGCAGCUUGCUAGAGCACUUUAUCAAGAUGCUGACAUAUAUUUACUUGACGAUCCCUUCAGUGCAGUUGAUGCACAUACAGGAAGUGAGUUGUUCAAGGAAUAUAUAAUGACAGCACUAGUUAAAAAGACUGUGAUCUUUGUCACCCAUCAAGUUGAAUUUCUCCCAGCUGCUGAUUUGAUACUGGUCCUUAAGGAGGGUUGUAUAAUCCAGGCUGGAAAAUAUGAAGAUCUUUUGGAAGCUGGAACUGACUUCGAUUUGUUGGUUUCAGCUCACCACGAAGCAAUUGAAGCAAUGGAUAUUCCAGAAGUCUCGUCUGAAGAUUCAGAAGAUUCGGCUGGUGCUGGGGAUGAUACUAUGUUCGGUAAAAAGUUGACAUCAAGUGCAAACAACCUUGAUACUUUGAACAGUGUAAUAUCAGAAAAUGAGCAGUCAUCUGAUAGAAAAGCUAUAAAGGAAAAAAAGAAAUCAAAGCGCAUGCGGAGGAAACAGCUAGUUCAAGAGGAAGAGCGAGAAAGGGGGAAAAUCAGCUUCAAGGUGUACUUAUCAUAUAUGGCUGCAGCAUAUAAAGGAACACUCAUACCUUUGAUUAUACUGGCGCAGGCAACAUUUCAGGUGCUUCAGAUUGCUAGCAGCUGGUGGAUGGCUUGGGCAAAUCCUCAGACUGCAGGAGAUGAACCAAAGACAAGCAGUGUGGUCCUUCUAGUUGUUUAUAUGGCACUUGCUUUUGGGAGUUCGUUGUUCAUAUUUGUUAGAGCUGUUCUUGUGGCUACCUUUGGCUUAGCAGCUGCACAGAAGUUGUUUGUAAAAAUGCUCAGAACUGUCUUUCGAGCUCCAAUGUCUUUCUUUGAUUCUACUCCUGCUGGACGGAUCUUAAAUCGUGUGUCUGUUGAUCAAAGUGUUGUAGAUCUUGAUAUUCCUUUCAGACUUGGUGGAUUUGCAUCAACAACAAUACAACUACUCGGUAUAGUGGGUGUGAUGACAAAGGUCACCUGGCAAGUUUUGCUUCUGAUUGUUCCCAUGGCUAUUGCUUGCUUAUGGAUGCAGAAAUACUACAUGGCUUCAUCAAGGGAACUAGUUAGGAUUGUUAGCAUCCAAAAAUCUCCUAUAAUCAAUCUAUUUGGAGAAUCCAUUGCUGGAGCUUCUACUAUUAGAGGUUUUGGUCAGGAGAGACGCUUUAUGAAGAGGAAUCUUUACUUGCUAGACUGUUUUGCUCGACCAUACUUCUGCAGUCUUGCAGCAAUUGAAUGGCUCUGCUUGCGUAUGGAAUUGCUAUCAACUUUUGUAUUUGCUUUCUGUAUGGCUCUUCUUGUGAGCUUUCCGCAUGGAAGCAUUGAUCCAAGUAUGGCAGGUCUUGCUGUAACAUAUGGCCUUAACUUGAAUGCUCGCUUGUCACGGUGGAUUUUGAGCUUUUGCAAACUUGAAAAUAAAGUUAUCUCUAUUGAGCGCAUUCAUCAAUAUUGCCAAAUCCCUGGAGAAGCCCCACCUGUUAUUGAAAACCAUCGCCCUCCAUCUUCAUGGCCAGAGAGUGGUAAAAUUGAACUGAUUGAUCUCAAGGUUCGUUACAAGGAGAACUUACCUACGGUGCUCCAUGGCAUAAACUGCACGUUUCCUGGUGGAAAAAAAAUUGGGAUUGUUGGGCGCACUGGUAGUGGUAAAUCAACUCUUAUACAGGCUUUGUUCCGCCUGAUUGAACCUUCAAGCGGGAAGAUCAUCAUUGACAACAUUGACAUAUCCACCAUUGGCCUCCAUGAUCUCCGGUCUCGGCUUAGUAUCAUCCCUCAAGAUCCAUCUUUGUUUGAGGGUACAAUAAGAGGCAAUCUUGACCCCCUUGAAGAGCACUCUGACCAUGAAGUCUGGCAGGCACUCGACAAAUGUCAGCUUGGAGAGGUGAUUCGCCAAAAAGAGCAAAAGCUUGACGCACUAGUCUUGGAGAACGGGGACAACUGGAGUGUUGGACAGCGCCAGCUUGUCUCCUUAGGGAGGGCUUUGCUGAAACAGGCACAAAUACUAGUGCUUGAUGAGGCAACAGCUUCUGUUGACACAGCCACAGAUAAUCUUAUUCAGAAGAUCAUUCGAACUGAAUUUCGGGAUUGCACAGUUUGCACCAUAGCACAUCGCAUCCCAACCGUUAUUGACAGUGAUCUUGUUUUGGUCCUUAAUGAUGGAAGAGUUGCAGAGUUUGACAGCCCGCUACGACUGUUGGAGGACAAGUCCUCCAUGUUUUUAAAGCUAGUCACCGAGUACUCCACGAGAUCAAGCAGCAUGACAGAUGGUUGAACUCAAGGAUACAAUCCUGGAAAGGACUGGUGUCUCCUGACCGAUGAAUCCGUCACUGCAUCAAGCAGUGCAGAGGAGUAUGGAGGCAAAACUUUAACACAUCAACUAACCUAACAGCCCUAGAAGAUAGGAAACAACUGUGGAAGAAGAUGCAGGCUUGAUCAAAAAUGCCUCAAGUUUACAGGCGGUUUGAGCAGAAUCCAUAUCACUACUUGAACUGAUUUUGUAGGAGUGAAUGGAAAAUAAUGAAAGAGGUCAACAGUUUUACCACUAAACAAAUUUUGACAUCAAGCAGGUUCUAUUUGUCCAAACAGAAAUGGCUAACAUUUUGUCCUUCCUGGACUCCCAUCCAAGUUCUAACGAGGUUGCCCUUUUAGUUGUUUUUG